AUGGGGAAAUGGUACACGGUUGUAGACACCAAAGCAAUUCAUCCUGAAGACUGUGCCGUCCACUACUUUGAGCUACUAACCCAAACAGAUUUUACUGCCACAUUCUCAUCUCUUCAGUACUCCCACUACAAGGGAGAUACAGUAACUACUCAAGGCAUUGGCCGAAUGAUGGGUCCUGACCCUGGAGAGGUAUUCUACAUGACUGGUCACCCCUCAGAUCAUUGUCCUUGUAAGUGUAACUCAUUUCUCAAGAGAACAUGUCCAAAGCGAAGCUAA